AUGACAUAUAAUGAUAUUUGUAAUAAAAAUUAUAAGGAUGUUGCAAGAAGUGAUACUCGAUAUGAUUUAAGUUUAUUUUAUAAUGUAAGAGAUAAUGGUAAACAACAUGAUUUUUUGAUAAGAAAAAAUGAUACAUUUAGUAAUAUUGAAGAAUUGUCUCAGAAUUAUAUUGAUAAUGAAGAAGGUAUAAAAGAAACAGAUGAAGGAGAUCAAAAUGGAUACAUAGAAAUAAAUGAAAAAUUCAGAAAUGAGAACAUAUUUAAUGAUUAUGAAAAGAAUGCUUAUUAUAAUAACCUGAUGUAUUUAAAUAAUAAUAAAAAUAAGGACAACACUACUUUAAAUAAUCAUCAUGAAUCGUUCCAAAAAUACAACACACAAAAUGAUGUAAUGAAAACGAUAUCAAAUUGUAAAACGUAUGAUGAUACAUAUCAUUACAACUUAACAUGGACAAAAGAAUAUUUAAAUAGGAAUAAUAAACAGAACAGUGACGAAUAUAAUUAUAUGAAAGAAGGAAAUGAAAUUAUGCUUCAUCAGUCCAUGGGAAAUAUAGAAAAUAUGAAUAAAAAUUAUACAAAUAAUUAUGACCAAAAAGAUCAUCAAACUUUAAAUUAUAAUUCUUAUCCUUACAUUGAUUAUUCGAAAAAUCAACAAAGUUCUUACUCUCAACAAACCAUGUUAAGUCUUGAAGAAGAUAAUAAUAUAUAUAAUGUUAUGAAUAAUAAUAUGGAAUCACUAAAGACAUAUGAUGAUAUAGACAAGUCGUUAGAAAAUAAUUAUAUGAUAUAUAAUAAGGAAGAUCAAAAAUUUAAUACAGAGGAUUCGACAAAAAAUGAUGAAAACAUAUAUCAUAUUUAUGUAAAAAAUUUUCCUUAUCAGAAGGAUGAACAUACAAUAGAGAACAUAUCAUCAGAAUAUUUUAAUCGAAUUAGAAAUGAAAAUGUGAGUAAUGAAAAUAUGGAGAAUUAUAAUUUUAAUAUAGUUAAAGAAAACACUUAUAUAAAAGAUCAUCAAAAUUUUAUCUCCACGAAUGAGGAACAUUGUAAUAAGGAAGAAAGUUAUAAUGAUUGUAUUAUUGGUAAAGACUCUAAUAAUGUACAAGGAAAAAAUAAAAAUUCAGAAAAAAGUUAUAUUUCUUAUAAUGAUAGUAGGAAAUUUAAUAUUACAUCACAAACAAAUGAUUAUGGAUGUAUUACAGUAAAAGAAUUAGAUAUAAAUAAACAUGAUAUAAAAGAUGAUGAAUUAUAUUAUUAUAGAUCCAAUAAUAAUAUUUUAAAAGGUCUUCAUAAUGAUGAUAUUUAUAAUAAUAAAAAUAAGCCACAAAAUGCAGAAGUAAAAACAACAACAAACAAAAAUUUAUAUAUAAAACAAUUAGAUAGUGAUAAUGAUGAAAAUUGUACAUUACAUAAAGAAAGUGAGAAAAAAAGAAUUAAUAUGUUCUCUUACUACAUGAAUAAUGACAAUAUAACAAAUAAACUAGUCAAAAACGCAUCCAUUAAUAUGCAUGAUCGUGUAAAUAAGACAAAUACAUUUAAUAUUAUGAAUAAAAAGGAAAAUUUAAGUGGAAAAGAAUAUUUAUAUAAAUAUGUAGAUAACAAUUAUGAGAUGAGUGAUAUAAAGAAUUGUAUCCCUAAACCAGUGUUGUAUACACAAGACAAAUUUGAUGUACCUACAAUUAUUGAAGGUAUAACUACAAGGCAUAAAAAUGGAACUGUAUCAGAAUGUAAACAUGAUACUAUAAUAGAAUAUAAUAAUAAAUGGAGAUUAGUUAAGGGUAAAGAAUUUCACAUAAAUCAAAAUGAAAAUGUCAAAUCAAUACAAGACUCUGCAAUGAAGUUCCAAGAAUAUUUAAAUAAAAAAAAUGAACAUACCAAAAAGAUAAUAAUGAAUAGUAAGUUUAAUAAGUUAACAGGAAAGGUAGAUGUAAAUCCAUUUAUUAACAAAUUAAAUAGAAUAAAUACAAAAGGAUAUUAUGAAUAUAAAGAUGUUUUAGCUAGUUACCCUUGUUAUUAUGGUAUGCAAAUUAAAGAUGAACAAAAGGAAGAAAUAAAACAACAAAGUCAAAGAUUUUACAAAAGUUAUUUAAAAAAAAUAUAUAAUAAAUCAAAUGAAAAUGAGGAACAAAAGGUAGAACCUCUGAAAAGGGUAAUAAAUAAAAAACAGAAUAUGGCCUUAUGUGGUGACAAUUUAUUAAAAAGUAGAAUAAAAAACACAAUAAGAACAAAGGUUAAAGAAUAUUUAAAUAUCAAUUUGUUUUCUGAAGGAUUAUAA